AUGGUUGAAAAUACAGAAGAAAUGAAUCACAGUGUGUAUUCAAAUGGGUCAAUUCAGAACUUAAAUGGCGUUUUAGAAGAGAAGCUUGAUGAGCUUCGCGCUCUGAUAGGCAAAGCAGAAGGUGAUCCGUUGAGGAUUGUUGGCAUUGGGGCAGGUGCUUGGGGUAGUGUGUUUACUGCCUUAUUGCAAGAUAGUUAUGGUCACCUAAGAGAUAAGGUUCUUAUAAGGAUAUGGAGAAGGCCUGGUAGAUCGGUUGAUAGGGCCACAGCUGAGCAUUUAUUUGAAGUUAUCAAUUCAAGGGAAGAUGUGUUAAGGAGAUUGAUUAGACGAUGUGCUUAUUUGAAGUAUGUCGAGGCAAGAUUAGGUGAUAGGAUUUUACAUGCCGAUGAGCUUUUGAAAGAUGGAUUUUGCUUGAAUAUGAUAGACACCCCACUUUGCCCAUUGAAGGUUGUGACCAAUUUACAGGAGGCUGUGUGGGAUGCUGAUAUUGUUAUUAAUGGAUUACCAUCAACUGAAGCCCGUGAAGUAUUCGAGGAAAUUAGUAAGUACUGGAAGGAGAGGAUUACAGUGCCAAUUAUCAUCUCUUUGGCCAAAGGUGUAGAGGCUGAGUUGGAGCCAGAGCCACGCAUAAUAACCCCCACGCAAAUGAUUAACCGUGCGACUGGAGUACCAAUGGAAAACGUUCUCUAUCUCGGAGGACCGAAUAUUGCCUCAGAGAUUUAUAAUAAGGAAUAUGCUAAUGCUCGGAUUUGUGGAGCAGAGAAGUGGAGGAAACCAUUGGCAAAAUUCUUGAGGCAGCCACACUUUAUAGUGUGGGAUAAUGGUGAUCUCAUUACUCAUGAAGUUAUGGGUGGUUUAAAAAAUGUAUAUGCAAUAGGAGCUGGAAUGGUAGCAGCUCUAACCAAUGAGAGUGCAACCAGUAAAUCAGUGUACUUUGCCCACUGUACAUCAGAGAUGAUAUUUAUCACACAUUUAUUGACAGAAGAACCUGAAAAACUUGCGGGGCCCCUGUUAGCCGACACUUAUGUAACCUUACUGAAAGGUCGUAAUGCAUGGUAUGGUCAAAAGUUGGCCAAAGGGGAGCUGAGUCUUGAAAUGGGAGACAGCAUCAAGGGCAAAGGAAUGAUUCAGGGUGUUUCUGCGGUGAAAGCAUUUUACGAGCUGCUAAGUCAGUCCUCGUUAAGCGUCCUACAUCCUGAAGAAAACAAACCUGUUGCUCCAGUUGAGCUAUGCCCCAUACUGAAGAUGCUAUAUAGGAUACUUAUAACAAGGGAGUUUACAGUGCAGGCCAUUCUUGAAGCAUUAAGGGAUGAAACAAUGAAUGACCCGAGAGAUCGCAUCGAGAUUGCACAAAGCCAUGUUUUCUACAGACCAACACUCCUUGGUCAGAAACCUUGA